AUGGCAGCCAUUCAUCAAACGAUAGCCAUUGUCGACCGAUCCAACAAGGUUGUGAGCACGAGCAAACAACUCAAAAAUGUAUUCAAAGAGGCUAAGCUAGCAUACCUCGAACGCAAGGCGGAGAUUGUUGCCGAUCGAAAAGCCCGGGAAGACAGGGAAUUACGGAAGGCAAUCAAAGCCGUAACUAUUGCAGAAGAGGAUGCUCGUUCAGAUACACGGUCGGAUACAUCGAGAAGGUCUCGGAGACCACAUGGUCACAGACAUGACUCGGAUAGACGAAGACCAUCUGAGCGUGACCAACACCACUCCUCUGAGUCUCGAAGGAGAAGACGAUCUCAUGAUGAUACCCGCAGUGUCGAUUCUGCUUCCCCCACCGGACAACCACCCGCAUACAACGGACUUGCUCAGUUUAACGAAGACCUCUAUGGAACUCAUCGGUCCGCCCCUACAUCUCCGUCUGCACCUCGAGGCCAUGAGUUGAUCCGACGCAGGACCGAUCUGCCUCUGGAUAGAUAUGGAUCACAACGACCUACUCCGGUCCGUGCCCACUCUACUUCGGAUAUGGAUGGCCACAUCGACAUGGAUCUUGCUUAUGGCGAAUUUCACCCCGAGUCUUUGCAAUUAAGCCCCAAAGUCGAGCAGCAGCUACAGAAGCAGGAGAUGGCAUCUCUCGUUGAGAGGUGUAAAAUGCUGAUGGAUGAAGCCAACUGUGCACAACACAGUGUGCGAGCCAUCGUCGCACACUUGCAGAAGAACCCCGAUGCAAUGGCUGCUGUGGCAUUGACACUGGCUGAAAUCAGUAAUUUGGCGACCAAGAUGGCACCAGCUGCACUGAUGUCGUUCAAGACGGCAGCGCCAGCUGUCUUUGCUGUCCUCGCUGCUCCUGAAUUUCUCAUUGCCGUGGGUGUUGGUGUUGGCCUGACGGUUGUCAUGUUCGGUGGUUACAAGAUUAUCAAAAAGAUCCAAGCCGGUACCAACGGUAACAAAGAGGAAGCUAUGGACGAGAUGUUGGAUGUGAAUGAGCUCAGUCGGAUCGAACACUGGCGACGAGGUAUUUCUGAUACUUCGGAUACAGCAAGUGUCGCUACAAGCGUCGAAGGAGAGUUUAUUACUCCAAUGGCUGCUGCCAGCAUGGGCCAUCUACCCCUUCCCCGUGACAGAAAUGGAGACUCGCAGGGAGAAAGAAAGAAGGAAGGCAAGGAGAAGAAGAAGAAGCAUCGUCAUCGAAGCGUGGAUGAUGGUGACACUACAGUGAUAGGAAGUGAGACUUCAACACGAUCGAAGAAGAGCAGCAAAUCGGAGAAGCGGGAAAAAGCAUUGGUGAAGGUCAAGAAACCUAGCCCUUUGCGCAGGAUGUUUACGAGCAGGAAUUCAGACACGUCCUCAACGCGGAAUUGA